AUGGUUAUGAAACCUGAAGUUGAGCAAGAACUUGCUCAUGUGUUAUUGACCGAAUUGUUAGCCUAUCAAUUCGCUUCCCCUGUUAGAUGGAUUGAAACUCAAGAUGUUUUCUUGAAGAAUUAUAAUACUGAGAGGGUUGUCGAAAUUGGGCCUUCUCCUACUUUGGCUACUAUGGCUCAGCGUACUAUUAAGAGCAAGUACGAGUCAUACGAUGCUGCUUUAUCUUUACGGAGACAGGUGUUGUGUUACGGUAAGGAUGCGAAUGAGAUCUACUACACGAAGGCUCCUGCCGAGCCUGCUGCCGAACCAAAAUCCCAGAGUGCAGCACCAGCAGCUCCUGCAGCGGCCCCUGCUGCUACUCCUGCAGCUGCCCCUGCAGCUGCCCCAGCGGCUGCCCCAGCGCCCGCGGCCCCAGCAGCUGUGGGAGCCUUUGACUCCCUUGGUGAUGAACCUAUCAAGACCUCUUUGUUGUUGCAUGUUUUGGUUGCACAGAAGUUGAAGAAGGGUCUUGAUGCUGUUCCUAUGUCUAAAACCAUUAAGGACUUGGUUGGCGGUAAGUCUACUGUUCAGAACGAAAUCAUUGGAGAUCUAGGAAAGGAGUUCAGCAGUGCGCCAGAAAAGGUCGAAGAGAUACCAUUGGAAGAGUUGGCUGCAACCCUAGAGGAAACCUACGAUGGAAAAUUGGGUAAGCACUCUUCCUCUUUGAUUUCUAGGUUAAUGUCUUCAAAGAUGCCUGGUGGGUUUACCAUCACCGUUGCUAGAAAGUACUUAGAGAAACGGUGGUCUUUGCAAGCUGGAAGACAAGAUUCUGUUCUGUUGAUGUCUUUGGUUAACGAGCCUGCCUCUCGUUUGGGUUCUGAGGCGGAUGCACACGCAUUCCUAGACUCAGUUGUCGAAAAGUAUGCUUCCAUGGCCAAGAUUGACUUAGCUGCUCUUUCUGCUUCUUCCAGUGCAGGUGCAGGAGGUCAAGCAGGUGGCGCUAUGGUGGAUGCUGCUGCUUUGGAGGCUAUUACCAAGGAUCACAAGAUUAUGGCUCGUCAACAAUUGACGGUAUUGUCGCGCUACUUAGAUAUGGAUUUGAACAAGGGCGAGAAGAAGUAUUUGGAAGAAAAGGACAAUGUGUUAGCAUUGCAAGAACAAUUAGACUACUUGAACAGAGAGUUGGGCUCCUUUUUCAUUGAAGGUAUCAGUACUUCUUUCUCUAGGAAGAAAGCGAGAGUUUUCGAUUCCUCCUGGAACUGGGCCAAACAAUCCUUACUUACAUUGUACUUCCAGAUCAUUCAUGGUGUUUUGAAAAACGUUGAUAGAGAGCUUGUUUCCGAAGCUAUUAACAUCAUGAACAGAUCUAACGAAGCUUUGAUUAAGUUUAUGGAAUACCACGUGUCUCACACUGACGAAUCCAAGGGUGACCACUACCAGUUGGCAAAGACACUAGGUCAACAAUUGAUUGACAACUGUAAGCAGGUUCUUGACGUCGACCCUGUUUACAAGGAUAUUACUAAGCCAGUCGCACCAAAGACUGUUAUUGACAAGAAUGGUAGUAUCAUCUACUCUGAGGAACCAAGGGAGAACAUUAGAAAGUUGUCUCAAUAUGUCCAGGAGAUGGCAUUAGGUAGUUCUUUAACAAAGCAGUCUCAACCAACUAUCCAAGAGGAUUUGACUCGUGUAUACAAGGCUAUUUCUGCGCAAGCUACUCAAUCAAACAUUUCCGAGUCUACUAAGUUGGAGUUCGAGAAGCUUUACGGUGAAUUGUUGGAAUUCUUGGAAUCUUCCAAUGAAAUUGAUGCAUCUGUUUCGACCCGUCUUGCUGGUGUUGAUGAUGAUGCCUUGGAUAGAGACUCUACCAAGGAAGUCGCAUCUUUACCAACUAAGACUCACAUUAAAAACACCGCAUCUUCAACUAUUCCAAGGGAAACCAUUCCUUUCUUGCAUUUGAAGAGACAACAAACCACUGGUGACUGGACUUAUGACAGACAGCUCUCUAGCUUGUUCUUGGAUGGUUUGGAAAAAGCUGCUAUUAACGGUGUUUCAUUCAGUGGUAAGAACGUUUUGAUCACCGGUGCUGGUCAGGGUUCCAUUGGUGCAGAAAUUUUGCAAGGUUUGAUCCAAGGUGGUGCUAAAGUCAUCGUUACCACUUCUCGUUUCUCAAAGAAGGUUACUGAUUAUUACCAAUCUAUCUAUGCUAAGUAUGGUGCCAGAGGUUCUACACUGGUUGUGGUUCCAUUCAACCAGGGUUCCAAGCAAGAUGUUGAAGCCUUGAUUGACUACAUUUAUGACAGUCCAAAGAAAGGUGGUUUGGGCUGGGAUUUGGAUGCUAUUAUUCCAUUCGCCGCUAUUCCAGAGAAUGGUAUUGAGAUAGAUCAAAUUGAUUCAAAAUCUGAGUUUGCUCAUAGAAUUAUGUUGACUAACAUUUUGAGAAUGUUAGGUUAUGUUAAGACUCAAAAGGCUGACAGGGGUAUUGAAACGAGACCCGCUCAAGUUAUUUUACCGCUAUCUCACAACCAUGGUUUAUUCGGUGGAGAUGGUUUGUAUUCCGAGUCUAAGUUGUCUUUAGAGACUUUGUUCAACAGAUGGCAUUCUGAGUCUUGGUAUAACCAAUUGACCAUUUGUGGUGCUAUUAUUGGUUGGACUAGAGGUACCGGUUUGAUGUCUACAAACAACAUCAUUGCAGAGGGAAUUGAGAAGAUUGGUGUCCGUACUUUCACUCAAAAGGAGAUGGCAUUCAACUUGUUAGGUUUGUUGAUUCCUGAAGUUGUUCAAUUGUGUCAAAAGGCUCCUGUGAUGGCUGACUUAAACGGUGGUCUACAAUAUAUUGAAAAGUUGAAGGCCUUCACUAAUAAAAUCCGUAGUGAUUUGGUUGAGACUUCUGAAGUGAGAAAGGCAGUUUCUCGUGAAACCACUUUAGAGUACAAGGUUAUCAACGGUGCUGAUGCCGAUGCUGGUUACAUACAAGUUUAUGUUCAACCAAGAGCCAACAUUCAAAUGAACUUCCCUAAAUUGAAGAGUUAUGAGGAGAUUAAGAAGCUCGCACCACCUGAGUUGCAAGACAUGUUGGACUUGGAGAAGGUCAUCGUUGUUACUGGUUUUGCUGAAGUUGGUCCAUGGGGUUCUUCUAGAACUAGAUGGGAAAUGGAAGCUUACGGUGAAUUCUCUCUCGAGGGUUGUGUUGAAAUGGCCUGGAUAAUGGGGUUGAUCAAGUACCAUAACGGUAAUUUGGCUGGUCGUCCAUACACUGGAUGGGUUGACGCCAAGACAAAGGCACCUGUCGAAGACAAGGAUGUUAAAGCCAAAUAUGAGAGUUAUAUCCUAGAACAUUCUGGUAUUAGAUUGAUUGAGCCUGAACUCUUCAACGGUUACGAUCCAGAAAACAAGGUUCUCAUCCAGGAAGUCGUUGUUGAACAAGAUUUGGAACCAUUUGAAGCCUCUAAGACUACCGCUGAACAGUUCAAGCGUAAGCAUGGUGAUAAGGUGGAGAUCUUCGAAAUCCCAGAGUCUGGUGAGUACUCCAUUAGAUUGCUCAAGGGCUCAACUUUGUACAUUCCAAAGGCGUUGAGAACAGACCGUCUUGUCGCCGGUCAAAUUCCAACCGGUUGGGACGCUAGAACUUACGGUAUCCCUGAAGAUACCAUUUCUCAAGUUGACCCUAUUACUUUGUUUGUCUUGGUUUCUGUUGUUGAAGCUUUCAUCUCUUCUGGUAUCACUGAUCCAUAUGAGAUGUACAAGUAUGUCCAUGUUUCCGAGGUUGGUAACUGUUCAGGUUCCGGUAUGGGUGGUUUGACUGCCAUGAAUGGUAUUUUCAAAGGCCGUUUCAUGGAUAAGCAGGUUCAAAUGGACGCAUUGCAAGAGUCCUUUAUUAACACCAUGUCUGCAUGGGUUAAUAUGUUGUUGAUCUCCUCGAGUGGUCCUAUAAAGACUCCUGUUGGUGCAUGUGCAACCGCCGUUGAGUCUGUCGAUGUCGGUGUUGAAACCAUUACCUUAGGUAAGGCAAAGAUCUGUAUUGUUGGUGGUUUCGAUGACUUCCAAGAAGAAAGUUCUCAAGAAUUCGGUAAUAUGAAUGCCACUUCCAACACUUUGGAUGAAUUUGAGUAUGGCCGUAACCCAGCAGAGAUGUGUAGACCUACUACCACUACUCGUAACGGUUUCAUGGAAGCUCAGGGUGCUGGUAUUCAAGUUAUUAUGAAUGCAGAUCUAGCUUUGAAGAUGGGUGUGCCAAUUUAUGGUAUUGUCGCUUUAACUGCUACUGCUUCGGACAAGAUUGGAAGAUCUGUCCCAGCUCCAGGUAGGGGUCUUUUGACUACAGCAAGAGAACAUCAUGGUGACCUAAAAUUCCCAUCAACAGUUUUGAACAUUGGAUAUAGAAAGAGACAACUUGCUUCUCGUGAAAGACAGAUCAAGGAAUGGUUAGAAACUGAAAUGGAAUUGUUGCAGGAAGAGGCUCAAGAUGUUCCAGUUGAGGACCAGGCUUCCUACAUCGCAGAGCGUUCUGAAGAGAUCUCUCGCGAAGCUGAGAAACAACUAAAGGCUGCAAAGGCCCACUGGGGUAACGAAUUCUACAAGAAGGACCCUCGUAUCGCCCCAAUUCGAGGUGCUUUGGCAACAUACGGUCUCGGUAUCGACGAUCUUGGAGUUGCAUCUUUCCAUGGAACAUCCACUAAGGCCAAUGAUAAGAACGAAUCUUCAACAAUAAACCAAAUGUUGAAACAUCUCGGAAGAUCCGAGGGUAACCCUGUUAUCGGUGUCUUCCAGAAAUACUUGACUGGUCAUCCUAAAGGUGCUGCUGGUGCCUGGAUGAUAAACGGUGCCUUACAAAUCUUGAAUUCCGGAAUUGUCCCAGGUAACCGUAAUGCAGACAAUAUUGAUGAAGUUAUGGAGCAGUUUGAACACAUUUUAUAUCCAUCGCAUUCUAUUAAAACGGAUGGAGUGAAGGCUGUCUCUGUCACAUCAUUCGGUUUCGGUCAGAAGGGUGCACAGGCAAUUCUCAUCCAUCCCGAUUAUCUAUAUGCUGCAUUGUCAGAAGAAGUGUACUUGGAAUAUUCUUCAAAGCUCGAUGCGCGUGAAAAAUUGGCCUACAAGUUUUUCCAUAAUGGUAUGAUUAACAAUUCGUUAUUCGUUGCCAAGGACAAAGCGCCAUAUGCCGAUGAAUUGGAAGAGGGUGUUUACUUGGAUCCAUUAGUGCGUGUACGUCAUAACCCGGCUAAAUCCACUUUCACUUUUGGACCUAAUCAGAUCCAAGAAGGAUCUUUCGUUUCUAAAGAGAACAGACAAACUGCAGAUCUUGUAACGAAGCUUGUUAAGGAUGCAAAAUCCGGUUCAUCGCAAGCGUCGGCCGGCGGUAUCGGUGUUGAUGUAGAGCUGAUCUCAGCAGUCAACGUGGAUAACGUAACCUUCCUCGAGCGUAAUUUCACGGAAGCGGAAAUAAAUUACUGUAAUUCGCAACCAUCUCGCCAAAGCUCGCUAGCAGGCUUGUGGUCGGCAAAGGAGGCAGUUUUCAAAUCUCUAGGAGUUAAAUCAAGAGGUGCCGGAGCUGCGCUGAAGGAAAUUGAGAUUGCCCGUGACCAAUAUACGGGCGCGCCAAUAGUUGUCUUACAUGGCGCUGCUUCACAGGCCGCUGCAGAUGCAGGUGUCCGCUCAGUGAAGGUAUCUAUAUCACACGACGAUCUGCAAUCUGUUGCUGUCGCAAUAGCUGAUAAAUGA